AUGGCUGCCGCCCUCCCCGCCAACUCCGAGGGCGAGGCCGAGCGCGGCGAACGAGGAGCCGACCCCAUCGCGGCGCGGCUGAGCCUGCGCAGCCGCGUCUCCGCGUGCAGCGAUGGGCGCGUCCAUGCGGAAAACAUGAUGCCGCCGCGCAUGCCGAACCGGGUAGCGACGCCCCAGGAUUCCGACUCGAACUCGGAGUCCUCGGAAGACGAAGCCCCCGUGAAGCCGGGCUCGGGGUCCGGGCAUCCGCUCACGGGGCUGCUGAAUCGCACCUCCAGCAACCUCUCGCCCAACGUCUCGGACUUCCACCGGGUCCUCGCCAGCCUCGCAGCCUUCCGCACGGAGCUGGCGAACAGCCAGAAGGCCACCCUGAAGCUGCUGGACGAAGAGCUCGAGAAGGUGAAGCGCUCCCCAGGCAUGGGCCCUGUGGCCCUGGCCCGCGGCAACUCGGGCUUCGGGCGGAAGAGCACCUUCUCCAACGCGGAGGCGGUCCCCCGGAGCGCCCACGGCUCCGAAGGCCUCAAGGAAGCGGAGAAAGAGGUGAAGCGCUUCUCCUUCUCCUCGCACUUCGCCAUUCUGCCCACGGUGCAACGGGCGCGCAAGAGGCGCAUGUCUUGGAUCCAGAAGACGACCCAGUUCACCCCAGAGGAGACUUCACCCAACCAGUCCGACUUGGACGCGCAGGCGGAUGUGAGCUGGGGCAAGGAGCAGAAGGACAAAGCAAGGAAAGAGGCCGAUGAUUACAAGAAGGGCGGACUGCUGACACAGCUGAACGACGAGACAGCCCGGGAGACAGUCCGCAGACGAGCUGCUUACGAGUUGGAGGAGCAAGCAGCGCAAGCGGCGCAGGCGGCCCAGCAAGCUGCAGAGAUGCAGCAGCCUACGGUGAAUACCGACAGCUUUAUGGCCAAAAUCGCCAUGCAUCCCUACUUCGAGCGCCUGACAAUGGCGGUGAUUUUCCUGAACGCAGUUUGGAUCUCCGUGGACAUUGAGUUCAACGACGCGGAUAUCUUGUCGGAGGCGGAUCCCGGCUUCAUCGUGGUGGAGAACCUCUUCUGCUCUUUCUUCCUCGUGGAGCUGAUUUUGAGAUUCUCCAUGUACGUCAGGACCUGGUAUGCGCUCACAGAUCCCUGGUACAUGUUUGACGUGUUUCUGGCCACCCUGAUGAUCUUCGAGACCUGGAUGGUGCCCCUGGCUGCGGCGAUGACGCAGGGCAAUCAGGACAGCAUCACCGGGGGCGCCUCGGUGCUUCGAGUGGCGCGGGUGCUCCGGGUGCUGCGCACCGCACGCAUGGCGCGUUUGGUGCGCCUCAUGCCGGAGCUGAUGAUUCUCAUCAAAGGAAUGAUGGUGGCCUGUCGCUCUGUGUUCUUCACCUUGGUGCUGCUGCUGCUCUUCACCUACGUCUUCUCGGUGGCCUUCGUCCAGUUCAGCCGCGGCACGGCCUUGGAGAACAAGCUCUUCAGCUCCAUGGGCACCGCCAUCUGGACGCUGAUCAUGAAGUGCAUUCUCACGGACCAGCAGCCCAUCGUGGAGGCGGUCGCAGAGGAGAGUUGGAUCAUGGCCAUGAUGCUGCUGGUCUUCAUCCUUUUCGGGUCCCUGACUGUGAUGAAUAUGCUCUUGGGCGUGUUGGUGGAGGCCAUCAAGACGGUGUCGACCAUCGAGCGUGAGCAGCUGGAGGUGGACUUCGCCAAGAAAUGCUUGUGGGAGAUGAUCGACAAAGGACAUGCGGACGAGGACGGCGACAACCGGAUUUCCGAGCAGGAGUACCGCAACGUCCUCCGAACCCCGCAGGCCAUGACGGCCUUGACGAGCCUCGGCGUGGAUGUGGAGGCCGCCUUGGACUACGGACGGCUCCUCUUCGAGGACGGCGAGCCGUUGACCUUCGGGGACUUCAUGCGGGGGAUUCUGACGCUGAGGGGCUCCAACCAGACCACGGUCAAGGACAUUGUGGAUCUUCGCAAGUUCACCGCGGACGAGUUCUCCCACAUCCACGAAGUACUGAGCGGCAUUUGCAAGUUCCUCGUGGCAGGCCGGAGAUGGGGAACCCCUCGGUUUGUGUUUGGUGUUUUCCUUUGUUUGGCCCAUCCCGGAAGAGUGUGUGCGUGUGUGUGUGCGUGUACUUGA